GUAACCAACCAGCAUCGAGUAUUAGCCAAAGGGAGACAGCUGUUCACGAUUUGUUGAUGUUGUUGAGAUCGGGAGAAAAUGUGGAGUACAUACACAAUGAAAAUAUGAAUUUAACUGCUCGAGCCAAACUAGAGAAGACCAGAAUGUUUUUGAGAUCUCAGAUGUGUUUGUGAGAUAUGGAAACGGAUAUCUACAACAGGAAGAUAAAUCAUGUUAAAAAAAAUUAGAAAAAUGGCAAAGAUCUGUAAAGUUCUCGCCGAAGAGGAGGCGCUGAUAAAUAAGAAGCUACCAAAAGAACUUCUGUUAAGAAUAUUUUCUUAUCUUGAUGUUGUAUCAUUAUGCCGUUGUGCUCAAGUUUCGAAGCAAUGGAAUAUACUUGCUUUGGAUGGAAGCAAUUGGCAGAGAAUUGACUUAUUUAAUUUCCAAACUGAUAUUGAGGGUGAUGUGGUUGAAAAUAUUUCCAAAAGAUGUGGUGGUUUUUUGAAAAAACUAAGUUUACGUGGAUGUCAGAGUGUUGAAGAUGCAGCUCUCAAAACCUUCGCCCAGAAUUGCAACCAUAUUGAGGAGCUAAAUCUAAAUGAUUGCAAAAAACUUACAGAUAUAACAUGUCAGCAUCUUAGCAAAUAUUGUCCCAAACUUGUUCAUUUAGAUAUCGGCUCAUGUUCACAGAUCACAGACUUGUCACUGAAAGCAAUUGGGGAAGGAUGUCCCAAUAUGGAGCACAUCAACAUCUCUUGGUGUGAACAGGUAUCCAUGAGUGGAGUGGAAGCUCUUGCUAAAGGAUGCAGAAAGCUUAAAGCGUUCAUAUGUAAAGGUUGCACUUUAAUUGGAGAUGAAGCAGUCCAUGAGCUAACAAAGUAUUGUCCUGAUCUAAGAGUUAUCAAUUUAUUAGGUUGUAGUAGUAUAUCAGAUGAAAGUAUCCAGUACAUCAGCCAACGAUGUCCUAAACUGCACUAUUUGUGUAUUUCCAAUUGUAGUCAUCUGACAGACCAAUCGCUCAUUGCUCUUGGACAAGGGUGUCAUUAUCUAAGAACUCUCGAAGUUGCAGGAUGUUCUCUCUUCACUGAUAGUGGUUUCCAAGCACUGGCUAAGAAUUGCCAUUUUCUUGAAAGAAUGGAUUUAGAAGAAUGCAUUCUAAUAACUGAUAACACCUUGUGUUACCUUGCAGCUGGCUGCCCUCGAUUACAAAAAUUAUCUCUUUCUCAUUGUGAACUAAUUACUGAUGAUGGUAUCCGACACCUGGGUACCAGUGCAUGUUCCUCUGAGCACUUAUCUGUUCUGGAAUUGGACAAUUGCCCUCUCAUUACUGAUCAGUCACUUGAUCAUUUGAUCACAUGCCAUAGUUUGGAGAGAAUUGAACUUUAUGACUGUCAACUUAUCACACGUACGGGGAUUCGGAAGAUAAGAACACAUCUUCCUGCUCUCAAAGUCCAUGCCUACUUUGCGCCUAUGACUCCUCCCCCUUCAGGUGGAGGGGGCCGACCUCGCUACUGUCGCUGCUGUGUCAUUCUCUGAAGAGUCAUUCCAUAGAAGUUCUUGGUCUCCUCCCCUCUAGGAGGCCCAGACUGUUGUUCCACGCUUCGAAGAAUGCAGUGCUUGCAUUAGUUGUGUUUCAGGAAAAAGAGGAAAAUGUUAUUUAACUGAUUGUAUUGGAUCAAGUUUAACAGAUAGUGGAUGAUUGUAUUAUGGUAUGUUGUAAUUGAUAUUUUUGCAAAAAUAUUGCUUGAAGCAUUUUCUGUUACUGUGUUCACGUCUUCUUUCUUAGUCUGAAUAAAUGCAAACAGCAACAUUUUUUCUCAAAUAAUUUAUGAAAUAACUAAUUAUGUGUUACUGGAUAAACUGAAACAUAUUAUUGAUAUGUUAUAUUCUUUUAGAUUAUCACAUCUGCAGUUUAAGAAUAUUUGAUCUGCUGUUUUAUAUUAUAGGCAUAAAGAAUAUUGCUAUUGAAUAUACUAGGUUCUAUGUGCAAUUUAUGAAAUAUUUAUUGCAGUAAUCAGGUAUAAAUUAUAUGAGAAAUUUGAAUAAUAAAUUUAUUUCAAAUUUUUCAGUUAUGAAUUUACCGAUUUUCUGUUUAAACAAACCUUUCUUGUACCAUUAUGAUAUAAGAUGAUAUAUGAGUUUUAAAAUGUGUUUAUCAUGGGUAUUUUUAUAUAUUGUACAUAAGCAGUUCUGUCUUCAUGAAAAUGGCUUCUUCAAUGGCAGUUCAAUAAAUUCAUUAGUUAAUUACAAAAUAUCCAUUUUCUUAAAAAUGGAUAGUGCAGUACGAAGAUAGAUUAUAUUCUAUACUAAUAAAAUACUAAAUAGUUUUGGGGAAUUUAAGUUUUGACAUUUAUUAAUAUGGACAUUAUACAUACUUUAAUUAUGUUUAAAGUAUGAAAUUAUUUAUCUCCCAAAAAAGUAUCCAAAAUUAAAUAAGUAUCCAAAAGUAUCCAAAAUGUUGUAAUUUUCAAGUUCUGAUCUUCCAAUACAGUUCUUCCAUUUUUAUUUCAUAAAAACAUGAUUCUUUAUCGAAAAUAUCAUUCAUAUUAGAAAAAUUGAUAAUAUGAAAUUUGAUUAUAUUAAUUACUUUAAAAGUCCUAUUAAAAAUACAUUAUAAUAAGUUCCUCAAUUGUAGAGGAGGGAAAAAAAACCCCUCUAAAUAUAGAGAAAUUCUUUAAGUAAGUGAAUGAUCUUUUUUAAUACUAUUCUGAUUGAUGUUAUUAUGAGGAUUAAGUGAAUGAAAAUGAGGGUCAUUUAUUUGUAAACAAUGAAAUAAAUACACUGAGCCUUAUGAAACAUUGAACUAAAUUCAGAUAAAAAAUUUAAAAAUUCCUAUCUGUAUAUAUUUACAACUUUUUUUUUUAAAUUGUGAAAUGAAAUUUUCUUAAUUCUUUUUGAUCUCAUAUUAUUAAUGAAUUAGCAAAUUUUUCAAUGUUCUACCUUCAAAAGUUAUAUAACACCAUUUUUCAAUAUUGUUUAUUGAAGUUUGCAAAAUUAUUUAUAUUAAAUGUAUCUCUGACUAAUUAUAUAAUAGCUUUUAAUAAGAAAUUUGUAUAUUUACCUUUAUUGGCACUUAUAUUCUUAAAGCAGGCAGUUUUAGAAAAAGGAAAAUUAUUAUUAUUAUUAUUACAAUCAUACUCGCAAAAUUUCUGUAAUACCUUGUUAAAUAUUUCAUUAUUUUUCAUUUUAAAGGAAGUGGUAGAUAAAAAUUCAAGUACUAGUGAUGUAUCAUUGUCUAGUGUGAGUUUUUAUUUUCUAUGAAUAAUUUUAUGACACUAAGUUCAGAAAUUAUUUAUAUCAGAUAGUUAACAUGAGAAUGUAAAUGGUUAAAUAUAGCUAUAUGACUUAUCUGUAUUUAUUUUAUCUUGAAAAAAUAUUUUUUGUAUUCUAAAAUGUUUAUUAUCAAAGAAAUUAGAUUAAUUUUAAAUAGCUCAUUUUAUUUAGAACAAUUUAAUGCCUGUAUUAUAUGAUUAGUUUUAGAUAAGAAAGCUUUAAUAUUUAAUUUGUGAAUAAAAAGGAAAUAUACCAGAUCAUAUAUAUGAUUAAUGCUAAUGGCAAGUUAUGCUGUAUAUAUGAAAUAACAAAAAGUAAAUUACUGUUGGAUUGUGUUGCAGAUAGUUGACUUAACAAUCAUUCUGUUUUAUUUAUGUCAUUGGAAAAUUCUUUGGGGGACCAUAACAUCAGAUUAUUUGUAGAAAUUAGUGAUAAUAUGUUGACAGAUAUUGAUAUUGUUUUAAAGAAAUAAAAACCAAACAAACAAAUUUUAAUAAUAGGUAUUUUAUUGAAAUAAAGUAUUCUGUGAAAUUUUUAAAAUAUAAAUUUAUAUGUGUUUAAAUUAUCAGUAUUAGCUGGGGACCACUGGUUACUAUACGUUUAGUGUAUAUAAAUGUAAUAUAUAUAGUAAUUCCUUAAAAUAAGCAUUUGAGUUAUAAUUUUUUUUUCAACUCUCCAAAACUUUUAUGAACAAAUACUUUUAAAGCUUUUCUCAAUAAUUUUUUCUCCUGGAAGUUAAAUUACCCAUUAAGAGCAUUAUGCUUUUUUGAAAACUCUGAUGAAUCAGCAUUUGCUCGAAGCCAUGAAAAUACAUUAAAAAUAUGAAGACUUUGUAUUUUAUAUAAUAUAUUUUGAAGUGAAGAAAACUCCAAAGGAAUAUAUUGAGUUCAUUUUAAUAGUUUUGAAAAUAAAUGUGAAUAUUUUGAUAAAGGGCAAAAAUUUACUAAUUUUGUUUUCUUCUUUCUUUUUCUGUUCUGUUUUUUUUUUUUUUUUUUGUGUGUGUGUGUGUGUGCACAAUAUUACUUUUAAAUUUAGUGCUUAAAAAUUAUAAGAUAUGGGAAAAAAUUGCUUAUAUGCUUUACUAUUUAGUACAUUUAAUUGUGUAUUUUAUUCAGAUUUCAAUUGCAAUAAAAUUAUAAAUAAAAGACUAUAGUAGUUAAAUUUCAGAAAAAAUUAUUUAAAUAGAUUACUUUUAAAAUUUUAUACAAAGAAUCUCGGAAAAAUUUGAUAAUAUUUUGGAAUGUUCCAAGAUAAAUAUAAUGUAUUCUGUGAAUCAUUUUUCUAUAUUUUAUAAUGUUAUUCAGAUUUUGGACAUUUGAACAAAAUAUUGGAAUCAUGGUGAUAUUUUUUUUUUUUUAAUUUUAACUUUAAUCUUCUUCAGUAAAUUCUAACUGACAAUUAGAUAUGUGAUUCAAUUAGUUUUAAAAAAAACCUUGAACCACAUUUUAUCUUUAAAGAUAAACUAUUAUACAUUUUGAUUCCUUACGCAACCAUUCAACCAAAUGUAUCAAUUAUUUGUUUUAACUUCUUUUUUGCUUUAAAAAUUUGCAGAAUUUUAAAUAUCAUGCAAUAAUAUAACAUUGAAUUUUUUUUAUUUCAAAGGCAAAAAGAGCAGAAAGUUUGUAAUUUUACUGUUUAUACCUUUGAGAGGCUAUUUAACAUUUUAAUGAAAAAUCAGAAUUUUGUUUAAUAUGAGAAUUUUAUUCUCAGAUCGAGGAAAUUUUUUCAAAUUUUUGUUAAAAUUUAUCUUGUGAAAUUUUAUUUAUGAAGAUAAAUACUUAUUUAAAAAUCUAGUAUACAUUUAAAAUAUAUAUAUGUGUAAUAAACUUCUUUAUUUAAAAAAAAGUUUUUAAUGUAACAUUUUUUAAAGAGAACUAUAAAUGUAAUCAAAGCAGGCAUUUCAUAUCCUGAUUUUGAAAGAUAUGGCAAUUAAUAUUUAAAUCUAGUAGGCUAAAUGAAGGGCGUUCUUAAUUUUAAUAAUUGUUGAUUUGGUUAACUAAUUUUAAUUUGUGAACGUGAUUUAAUGAAUACAUUUUUAAUUUAUACAUGCAUGUUAAGUAACUUCUGAAUUAAGAAUGAAAUAAAAUCCUUAAAUAUCUCUUGGCUUAAGUGAAGAAAAUUCUCUGAAAAAUGUAAACUUUAAAUCCUUUAGACAUUUUCUUAUUUCUUUUUGCAUAACAAUAUUUUUUUGAAGGUUUCUGAGGGGAUUAUGUUAAUUAAAAAAACAAAAACAAUAAGUCUGUGAAGAACAAAUCUGCCAGUAAAUAUUCCAGUUUUAUUUAGUUAAGAAUUGUGUGCCAAAUAUACUUCACUGUUUGCAAGAAAUGAAAUUUUUCUUCUAGUUAUCAAAAUCAGUUAUGGUAAAUAAAGGAUAUUUCAAUAAAGAUUUCAAACUUUUCUUUAAUCUGAAAAAAAGGGAAUUUUUUAUAAGAUAUUUCUUAAAUUAAAUGGAUGAUUUUGAACAAUUCUUAGCAUUUGCUGUGAUCUCAUUUGUCUCGUCCAUUUAAAAUUGCAUUCAAUAUAAAGCCAGGACUAGACAAUGAAUACAAACUGUUGAAGUUUUUAUUGUACUUAACAAUGUAUUACUAUUCAGAUAUUAUGAUAUUUUAGUGCAUUUUUUAUCAGAAAUAAUUAUAUAAUAAAAUCCUCUUUUCUGAAAUGAAAUUUGAAUAGAUAUUGUUGAUUUAAAAAAAUUUUGUUCUUAAAUGUAAAUUUUAUUUUAUUAUGAUUAAUUUAGUGUCAUGUAAGAAAUCUGUUGAUUUUUUUUUUAAAACUUCAUUUGCUAUGCCUUGAUUUUUAUUAUGCCUUAGGAAAACCAUCUUUAAAUUUAUUAUACUCUGGGAAAUGACAGCCAUAUUUUGAAAAUUUACAUUUUGCUUUCUUCAUUUUGAUGAUGUGGCAGUAGUUAAAAUGAAAAUUUCAGAACUAUCACUUUACUUUAAUAAACUAUUUAUCACUCAUCAAAGAGCAAGUUAUGGCAGAUGUGAACACUUUACACCUCACAUUUCGUGAAUUCUGAAAUUUUCUUUUUUCAAAUGAUUUUGUUAUAGACUGAAUUUUUUUAUGAGGCAGGGCUGUAUUAAUAAUAUUUGUUCAAAUACACUUGGCAGUAUUUCAAGUGAUUGAGCUUAUUUAGUUCAACCAUAUUGUGCUUGUAAAGUAAAUCAAAGGAAAUAAAUAUACUGUAUACGUUGUAUAAUUAGCAGUGUUUAACAUAUAUUGUAAAUAGUUAUUGUGUAUUGAUCUGCAUUUUGUACAUAAGCUGAAUUCAAAUUUUAGCCAUCAAGGGCUUGGUUGCUGUAAAAUUAAAAGCAACUAUAGCAUUUAAAAUGUUUUCCUAUCCAGUGAAAUAUAAUUUUUAUAUAAAUUUCCAUUCUGAUUUUAUGAAAUUUAUUUUGGGGUAUGUGAUUGUAACUGUAAUCUGAUGGAAAUUAUUUAAAUGCUUUUAUUUAUUUUGAAUUUGUGUAUGAGUUAAGAACCGGUGAUUUAAAAUAGAAGUUCUCAAAAAUACCAAAUGAUAAUUGUUAAAUCUUAUGUCAUAUAGCUAGAAAUUAUUGAAAAAUUAUUGAAAUCAGAACUAGUCCUGUUAUAAUGAAAUUGAUUAUAAUAUAUGUAAUUUAUCUCUGUAGUCAAAUACAACUCAAAGUGACAGUACACAAAAAGCUAAGUAGCUGCUAAAUCACUAGUGAAUGCUAUAAUAUAUUUUUAUUCAUCUUAGAGGCAGAGAAAAAUGCUUCUUUGAAAUAAAGCAAGUUUGUUUAUUACAUAAUUUUAUUACCUAGAAUUUUUAAGGCUAAAGUUGAAUUCUGUUUAAAUAUCGUAAUUACCUCAAAAUGCAUUUGGAUUGUCUUCAGAGCAAUCAUUUUUAUAGUCAUUUUGAAUCGUCUUAAACUAAGGAUUAUACAAAAAGACUUAAAUCUGCCGAUUAUAAAAAUAAUGCCAAGAUCAUAUUGUUUUGGAAUUCAGCAAAAAAUAUUAAAUGGCAUGAUCAUAUUUUCUAUACUUUUCAAUUCCUUGAUAAGCCUGUUUGAAUCUAGCUUAUUUGUACAAUUGACUGGUGAUUUUUAAUGUGGAAAGUGCUGAAAUUUCCACAGAAUGCCCAUGUAGGAAUGGUGAUUCUCCAUGAUGCAUUACUAUCCAUGUAUCAAUUACUUUAUAUAAAUUCAUUUUUUAUGUAUUUUUUAUUUUGCUUAUUUAUUAUUAUGUGAAUAUGAAUCAGUGUACUAUUGUGUGUUUGUCGUUGUGUUUGCUUCCUGUCAAUGACAUUUUAUGCACUGGUUGUAAGAUUUUAAAACUUCUCCAAAUUUCCUAAAUAAAGUUGAUAAAAAACA